CUAAGAAUCAGGAAGAGUAAGAAGAAGCAGUAUCCGUUGUGAAGAAGGUGUCUUGUGCUGAGGAAAGAGACGGAAAUGGAAGCAUACGGUGGGUACUUGGUGGAUGAGAAAGCUGCUCGGGUUGAGGAUGCUUUCCUUGAAUUUCUGAAGAGCUUCCGGGUCGGCCAGCAGAGAGAGCCAUAUUACGAAGCGGAGAUUGAAACAAUGAGAGCCAACGAAUCCAACACGAUGUUCAUCGAUUUCUCGCAUGUCAUUCUUUAUAACGAUCUUCUUCAGAAAGCCAUCUCUGAUGAAUACUUGAGAUUUGAGCCCUAUUUGAAGAACGCUUGUAAGAGGUUUGUUAUGGACUCGAAGCCAACCGUCAUAUCUGACGAUAACCCUCACAAAGACAUAAACAUUGCUUUCUUCAACAUCCCAAUCGUUAAGAGGUUAAGGGAACUUACUACAGCUGAAAUUGGAAAACUGGUGUCUGUGACCGGAGUGGUGACACGGACAAGUGAGGUUCGACCUGAGCUUCUCCAGGGAACUUUCAAGUGCUUAGAAUGUGGUGGGAUUGUAAAGAAUGUUGAACAGCAAUUCAAGUAUACUGAGCCAGCGGUCUGUCUAAAUGCAACCUGUUUAAAGGGGGCAAGGUGGGCAUUGCUGCGGCAAGAGAGCAAAUUUACUGACUGGCAGAGGGUAAGAAUGCAGGAGACAUCUAAAGAGAUACCUGCGGGAUCUCUUCCUAGGUCAUUAGAUGUUAUUCUGCGUCAUGAGAUUGUGGAACAGGCCAGAGCUGGUGACACGGUGAUUUUUACAGGGACUGUGGUUGUCAUACCUGAUAUAUUGGCAUUGGCGUCUCCUGGAGAGAGAGCUGAAUGCCGCCGAGAAGCUUCUCAACGCAAGAGUUCUUCAGUUGGAACUGAAGGUGUGCGGGGUCUUAGGGCUUUGGGAGUCAGGGACCUCUCGUAUCGACUGGCUUUUAUUGCCAACUCUGUUCAGAUAUGUGAUGGAAGAAGAGAGACAGACAUCAGGAAUAGAAAGAAGGAUGCGGAUGACGAAGAGCAGCAAUUUACAACACAGGAGCUUGAUGAAGUUAAGAGAAUGAGGAACACUCCAGAUUUCUUUAACAAACUUGUUUCCAGCAUAGCACCAACUGUCUUUGGUCACCAAGAUAUCAAGCGAGCAAUCCUUCUUAUGCUAAUGGGUGGAGUACAUAAAUUUACUCAUGAAGGCAUCAAUCUAAGAGGAGAUAUUAAUGUUUGUGUUGUUGGGGAUCCUAGUUGCGCCAAGUCUCAGUUUCUCAAAUAUGCUGCUGGCAUAGUUCCAAGAUCUGUGUAUACAUCUGGAAAAUCAUCCUCUGCUGCUGGCUUGACUGCAACAGUUGCCAAGGAGCCUGAAACUGGGGAGUUUUGCAUUGAGGCUGGUGCUUUGAUGCUUGCUGACAAUGGCAUUUGUUGCAUUGAUGAAUUUGACAAGAUGGAUGUCAGAGAUCAGGUAGCAAUUCAUGAGGCCAUGGAGCAGCAGACAAUUAGUAUCACCAAGGCAGGAAACACAGCCACACUUAAUGCACGUACUUCCAUUCUUGCAGCCGCCAACCCUACAGGGGGACGAUAUGACAAGUCUAAACCACUCAAAUAUAACGUGGCCCUUCCACCAGCUAUUUUAUCAAGGUUCGAUCUGGUAUAUGUUAUGAUUGAUGACCCAGAUGAUCAGACAGAUUACCACAUAGCCCAUCACAUUGUGAGAGUUCAUCAAAAGCGCGAAGAAGCUCUGACUCCAUCAUUCAGUACAGCAGAACUGAAGCGAUAUAUAGCUUAUGCAAAAACUCUCAAACCAAAGCUCAAUCCAGAUGCCAGACAACUAUUAGUAGACUCUUAUGUGGCCCUUCGGAGAGGAGAUAUGAACCCUGGUAGUAGGGUUGCAUAUCGCAUGACUGUUAGGCAGUUGGAGGCAUUAAUCAGGCUCUCUGAGGCCAUUGCACGUUGUCAUUUGGAAACUCAGGUGCAACCUCGUCAUGUUCGUCUAGCGGUUAGACUGCUGAGCACGUCCAUAAUAAGUGUGGAGUCCAGCGAAAUUGAUCUGUCUGAAUUUCAAGAAGAAAACCGAGAUGGACAGCUUGGGUGGUGUGAUGAUGGACCUGAUAGCAGAAACGAUGCUGAUGAUCAAGGAGGGAAGCACUACAGAACAGAAAGAUGAUGAACUAAAGAGGAUGCAGCAGACGGUCCUACCCCUCAACAAGGCAAGAAGCUUAUUAUAAGCGAUGAAUAUUUCCAGAGAGUUACCCAGGCCCUUGUUAUGCGCCUUAGACAGCAUGAAGAAACUGUUGCACAAGAAGGAACUGGUUUGGCUGGAAUGAGGCAACGGGAUUUGAUCCAGUGGUAUGUGAGCCAGCAAAAUGAGAAAAAUACUUAUAGUUCAAUGGAGGAGGCAGCUGCGGAAAUUACCAAAAUUAAAGCUAUUAUAGAGAGUUUGAUUAGAAGGGAGGGCCAUUUGAUAGUGCUAGAUGAUGGUAGGCAAGCAGCAUCGGAGGCCGCAGGUGCGGAGCACGUGACAUCAAUCUCCAGAAAUGACCGGAUCCUGGCUGUGGCUCCAAACUAUGUUGUCGAUUAACAGCUUUUCGCGUUGUUGCAAUGCUAUGAUGUGUAAGUGUGUACAAGGGAACAUUCAAAUUAUUCAAUUACCACUGGAAAUUAGUAACUAAUGAAACUGGUCUUUGAUGGAGAAAGUAGCAGAUCACUCAUGAUUUAUGUCGGCAGUUUCCGUGCUAGAGGGCAGGCCAUCGGUGGCCUUGUAUAAAGAAUUUGUCACAAUCAAAAUCGGAUGCAC